UCAAAAUAUUGUAUGUUAUCUUCUUCGUGCACUAUGUGUAAAAAAGCAAAGAGAAGAGCGUUUACUUGUGUGUGGAAAUACGUUAGUGGGCAGUAGCUAGCUAGGUUUCUCAGCGGGCAGGCAGGCUCGCUCUAGAACUUGCUUUACCAUGAAUGACAGGGUCAAAGUUGCUAGCCUUUCUCAAUUCCUAACCAUUUUUACUACUUUCUGAUAUUUUUCUACACCAACAAUCCAAAUAUAGGUUACUUUUGCAGAUCCUUACUAACAAAUGUUUUUCUAACAAAAGAAUCAUAUCAUUGUAGAUGUGAUUUCAGAUUUUUUCAGCCAUUGUCAAAGAUUCUUGAACCAUUUUAUAGUCAUAUACUUUUCAUCUAAAGCUCAUAUCUUUAUUUCUCAAUUCCUCAUUAAAUAGGGUGCCUUUUUGCCCCAAUAAGUAGUAAUCUUGUUGUGGAAUCAAGUUAAAAAAGAGAGAGUCAUUAGCUAGAUUUCCAGGGAGAAAAUUUUGAAACCCAUUUAACAUAAAGCUGGUAGCUAGCUCGAUAUUUUCGAUCUUUCUGGUUAAGCUAUUUAAAACUGGCAGUAGUUAGUGUUUCAGUUCGUUCAAAAACUGAAGGGGAAAACCAAAGGGAAAAAAAGAGAAAAGAGUUACAGUGUUUAACAUGGCUGGAACAGAAGCAGGUUGUAAGAAACAAAGGUGGUCUCUUCAGGGUAUGACUGCCCUUGUCACUGGUGGAACAAGAGGCAUAGGAUAUGCAACUGUGGAAGAACUGGCAACACUAGGGGCAGUAGUUCAUACAUGUUCCAGAAACCAGACAGAACUUCAUGAAAGGUUACAAGAAUGGCAGAGCAAAGGGUUUAAAGUGAGUGGUUCUGCUUGUGAUCUCUCUUGUAGACAGCAAAGAGAGAAACUAAUGGAGACUGUCUCAACUGUUUUUGAUGGCAAACUCAACAUCCUUGUUAAUAAUGCAGGCACCACAGUGAUUAAGCCUUGCGAGGGCCACACCCUGGAAGACUACACAACCGUGAUGAAUACCAACAUUGAGGCUCCUUAUCAUCUUUGCCAACUUGCAUAUCCUUUACUUAAAGCAUCAGGAAAUGGAAGUAUUGUGUUUAUCUCCUCUGUUGCUGGUUCAAUGGCUCUGCCUCGAUUAUCAGCUUAUUCAGCAUCUAAAGGAGCAAUUAACCAGAUUACAAAGAACUUGGCAUGUGAGUGGGCAAAGGAUAACAUUCGGACCAAUACUGUUUCACCAUGGGGUGUUAGAACAUCGAUAACAAAGCCAGAGGCGGACGCCCCUUUCGUUGAGGAAUUUCUGAGGCUAAUAGCUGGAACAGCAAUGCCUAGGAUAGGAGAACCAGAAGAGAUUUCAUCAAUGGUGGCAUUCCUUUGCCUUCCAGCUGCAUCAUACAUUAAUGGACAGGUUAUUUCUGUGGAUGGAGGGUAUACUGCAGGUGGCUGUUGGCCAUUUCAAAACUUCAGCUUUAAUUUACUCAGUUCUUGAAAUCUUAGCAUCAAGGGUAGAGCAUGUUUAGACGUGAACUUUGUGCAAAAAACUAUGCAAUAGGGGUUUGAUGAAGAGUUUCUCAUGUGGAUCAAGUGUUUUAACUUAACUGGAACAGUUAGGCUCUUCUUGGGUUGAAAAUUGUCACCGUUUGUGAUCCUCUUACAGGCUUCUAUAACGGAAGGUUAAGCAACAAGAAUAAGUCCGUAGUGAUUGGAUGAACCCAAAUUGGAUUAUUAGUGGUUAAUACUGCUUGAUAAUAAGAAUAUCAAUGCCAUGGUUGUCAACUUCCAA